AUGACGUCCGUUUGUAAUUAUUACAAUGUUACAUCCGACGUUCAGACCGAAGUACCGCCCAUCGAGAACGCGAUGCGUACAGGUAACGCGCCGGGUACCGUAAUAAUAAACGGUCAUAAGCGCUACGCGGCUGCUACAAAUAACAUUAAUAUUGUUUAGAUAGCGGCCGGCGGCGGAUAAUGGAUGUUGGGUACGGUUCGCGCGUUAUUCGGUACACGAUCGUCGGCCAACGAAAACAGCGACGGGCACGUUUAUUAAGUAUAAUAAUAAUACAUUCGAAAUCAAUUGUUCGUGAUUAUAAUGUAGUCACGCGCGCGCGCGCAUAAUAAAUCGGUGUUAUAGGCAGAUAGGUAGUACAUAUUGUUUACCGGGUACAUAUCGACCGAUCGAUUAUUCUGUGCCUACGAGUAAUUGGUAGGUACGUCGGAACUUUUUUUUUUUUUUCUAAUGAAUAUCCACUGCGUGUCCUCCGUUCUAAUCAAAAAAAAAGCACCACGGGCAGAUUGUCCGAACCAGAAAAACGGAAAUGAAACAUUUCAACACCCAGGCGAGGAAUUUAGGAGGGGGGGGCAUAGGGGCCUUGUCCUCUUAAACAUCAAACUAUCUAUAAAUAAUAAUUUCUUUCAGAAAUCUGUAUAGAAGUUCGGAAUAUUAGUAAAUUAUAAUCACGGUUUUUAUUCAAAAGAAUCUUCCCUGAAUAAUUUAUAUUUAACGGAUUAACCCUAACCAAAUUUCAAGGUAAAUAGUUAAAAAUACAUUUGCUGUAAGGUAUGGCGGGGUAAAUGUGAUUUCGGGAUAAGUGUGACUGUUAGAUAUUUAGACUUGAUAGCAUUCAUAAUUAUACGGGUACCUGUACAAAUCUAGAAUUUACAAAUCUGGAACGUAUAACUCUUAAAAAUACACAUCUGAAAUGCACAAAUCUAGAAAGUACAAAUCUUGAAUUCAGGGUUUUAUGGUUAUCGAAAUUUAAACCAUACAAACCUGGAAUGAACUAAUCUUGAAAAAUAAUUUUCUAUUAAUCCAGUGUUACCAACUUUUGGAACAAAAACAUAUACGCCCGUGACCAAAAGCCAUUAUUUUAAAAACUAUAAGAAAAAAAAACAUAUCACCCCUACCUAAAUUUUGACCAGAAAAGGUAUUAGGUUUUAUUGUUACGUUUGGGACAUCAACCUCUUAGAAGUUCUUAUCAGUGUCAGAGAACAGUUACCAUAUUUUUUUUUUAACAAAACAAUUAUUAUGUGUUAUUAUUAGGUGCAUAAGCAAUUUGUAAAAUUGGGAUAUAAUAUAUAUAUAUAUAUAUAUGGUAUAUAUAAUUUGGAGCGUGUAUAAAUCUAGAAAUUGGAAAUCUGAACUGUACAAAUCUGGACUAAAAAUUAUAACAUCGAUGGAUAACAUUCAUUUAAGGAAUAUGUGUAGACCGUAAACAUUGAAAUAUUAAAAUAAUGAGAUCAUAACGCGGUAAAUUUGUAAGUUUUAUUUACGUUUCUUUCCUAAUUCUUAAUAAAACUAUAGAGAAAAUCAAAAAACGAAUAACUUACUCAUAAACUAGAUUAAAAAUGCAACAAUAAUAGUUUCUGGUCCUGAAAUCGUUAUUUUCGUUCGAUAUGACCUCAUGAGGAAAUCCAAUACUCGAAUAUUCUCGAAGGCACAUCCAUACAUAUACAAAGUGAUCAAUCUAAACCUAGAUUCUAGAGUAAUACUUUUAAGUUUCGCAAGGAAAGUAGUGGAGUUUCGGCGCAGAAAAGUAGCUGAGUUUCGGCCCGUGCCUUGGUAAUUGGUGUAGUGCAGUACAAAUCUAUAAAUUUUAAUAUGAGAAUAAUAUGAUAAAACAAUGUUCGAUUACACACAGUCCGAAUGAGUAAAUUCGACGGUUCUUAAGUGUACCUAAAAUGUAUAUUUUGUUUUUGCCCCGUCACCUAAAUAAAAUAGUCGUUUCACAUUUUGCCGGUCCAUGUGUGGCCAUUUCAAAAAACGCUGUGCGACCAUGUUUAAAACCAAAUAAUAACGGUUUGACUAGUUUGUACAAUAACAGUAUUACCAACAAAUGAUUGAAAAAUAAAAUUUUAACAUUGGGUGUUCAAAUUCCCACAAAUAUAAUCACAGAAUUUUGACAUUUUGCAUACAACUAUAAAUAUGGAAAGAGCCAAUAAUUUGAAGUUGGCAAAUAAAGGGCUUCUAUACAAGCGUUUAGUAUAAAAAUUUAAUAUAAAUUACUUAUAUAUAGCCCUUUAAAUAUUGUAUUUUAUGUAAUGGUAUAUUUAUGGCCUAUACUUACCCCUUAAAUGGAUAUAUGUAGUCCAGAUUUGUUCAGUCCAAUUUUGUACCGUUUAGAUUUAUAAUAUCCGGACUUUUACGGAUUUAAAAAUUCUAUUUUCCAGGUUUGUAUGGUCCAGAUUUACCGAUUCCAGAUUUGUAGGGUCCAGAUUUUUAUGGGUACCCUAUAUAAUUGUAUAUAGAAAUACAGAUUUUUUAUUCGAAGUUGGUGACACUGUAUUAGUAGAUAAUUAUUUUUCAAGAUUUUAUCAUUCCAGACUUUUACAUUCCAGGUUUAUACGGUUCAAUCAUCGACGACCGUUAACCCUGAGUUCAAGAUUUGUACUUUCCCGAUCGAUAUUUUCAAGAAUUGCACGUUCCAGAUUUCUACAUUCCAGAUUUGCACAAGUACUCAAAUCGAUCGUUCUAUUGGAGGUAUGUUUGUCGCAUCAUUUAAUAUUGUGUUAUCUAAUCCCGCGUAAAGUGGUGUGAUAAAACUUACAUAUACAAAUUCGAUAUCGUUUAGUACUUCAUCAAUUACAUUUGAUUCCAUCCGAUUCGAUUAAACCAAAGGAAUAAAUACAUUAAAUAUCUUCUAUAUUUUAAUAAUUUAAUAAUUUAAUAACAUAAUUUUAUAUUAUAUUUUGUUAAAUUACGAUUUCACUCUUACUCCUUCAUUAAGUGUAUUGGGGUAAAUGUGUUUAAUAGAUGUGGGGAAAGUGUGUAUGUGAAAUCGUAUGACACCGAACUACAACAUUGAUAAAUGAUAAGCCUAUGGGCUUUAGACAAGAAAUCAGAAAAACUAAAAUUAAUAUUUUAAAAACGUUCAUAACUCUUGAAUUAGUGGUUCAAUAUUUUUCAUUUUUGUAUCAAAUAAAUUCUUAUUAUUCUAAAGAUUUUUAUCUACUGCUCGCGAAAUACAUUAAAAAGUUUUUUUUUUCAUGAAAUUCAUAUGAACUUUAAUACUUAAAUCCCACCCUACAAAAAAAAAUUGCACGAAGAAAAUUAAAUUGAAAAAAAAAAUAUAGCAGAGAAAUAACAAAUAAACAAAAAUACACUGCACAAUCACGGCGUACGAAUCAUGUGGUGUAUAAGCUGAUAAGCAAAAUACAUUUAAAUUAUAUUGGGGAAAUAAUGUUUAAUUUUAGCUACCGAACGUUCAACAAUUAAAUAUGCGUGACUCGAGUUUAGGUAUACAAGGUAGAUUUUUAAAUUGCACAAAUAUCGAGUAAGAAUUCAAUAAUCGCUCAACGAUAAGGAAAAUUAUAUUUUUUAUAAAGCGAUCACAUUUAUGAAGCUAACCGCACUUUUGAAAUUUCCUACUACGGUCCUGCCGUCCGUUAGAAUAAGGCCUGGCAAUGGUCCAAAAUAAAAAAAAAAAAUGUGGUCACACAUACUCCACCUCAUCUUAAAUAAAUUGCAGUGAUAGGCCGGGAACAGUCCGGGAUUUCUCCGCGAUAUGUAACGAAUUGUGUGCAAACAGAUAAUAAACAACAGACACAAUUUUAUUGUUAAAUUCAUACGGGAUAUUAAUUUCUUAAAGAAUGCUCAAGUGACAUUUUUCGCGAUCGCAUAGGCUUAAUCCAUAUAAUAUUUUAUGUUACAUGCAAUGUGUAUUUAAUGUUACCUAAUUUGAAAUUCACCCACCCUCCCCCACCAAAUUUCAGUGUUCAGUCAUUUUUGUGAUGAAAAUCAUGAAAAAGUAUCACAACAGAACACUUUUAGUCCACCGAACUACCCACUCUCCACCUAUUUUGAUUUCAUUCAACACUGACACGGUUGAAACCAAAAAGGAAUAUUUUGGGUAAAAAAAAAAUAAAUAAAAAUUGGCAUGGUCAAAGCCAGGCGGGACAGCUAGAAUCUUUUUUUCUGUGGCUAGACGCUAGUAGCCUAGUGGCUAGUUAUCACUUAUCAAUAUUUAUCAAACGGUCACUUAUCAAUAUUCACUUACCAUAACGCUGUACUAUCAUUUUCAACACAACGUUUUGUUUUUCCAAAACGCCUAAGCAAUUUAAAAUUAUAAGAAUUUCAAAUUACAGCCUACAGUUUAAUGUUAACAGGUUAUUUUUACUUUUUACUAAAAGUAUUUAAUUUUUAGGUAAACAAAGUGCAAUGCCUAAUUUAAGACCUACGAAAUUUCAAAUGAAACGUUUAGUAGAGCUAGUGUCAAUGGAACCACAUCUUAUGACGGGUACGUUUUCAGUGAACUUUAAUUGCCAAAACGCUAAAGAAAAAUGGAAAAAAAUUGCUAAUGAAUUAAAUGCAUUACCUGGAGCCAAAAAGUCCUACGAGAAAUGGAAAAAGGUGACUAUAUAUAUAUAUAUUUUUUUUUAUGCAUAUAUAGGCAAUUAAUUCAUAUUGAUAUUGAAUUUUGAAUUAAAUAUUAUGUUCUAGGCAUGGCACGAUACAAAAACUAAAAAUACAAAGUACAAAAAAAAAGCUGCUGAUAUUAAAAAACACGUAUAUGUGGCAGGAGGUGAACAAUCUUGUAAUAUUACAUUAUCUGAUGCUCAAAUGAAUACAUUAAAUCAAGUUGUUGUGAAUGGUGGCUGCCAUAAAGUAUUCAGGAUCAAUGGUUCAGAAUCAGCAGAAAAUUUUGAUUUUUCAACCAUUAAAAAUGGUGCUAACAAACAUAAUAGUUCAAGUUCAAUUGAUGGAACAAAUGGUAAAUAUACACAUUAUAUUUUAAAGUUACUGAAUUCAAUUUUAAUGCUUGCAUACAUACUACUGAUAUUUUUAGAUAUUGAAAACACAAAUUCUGUUACUUUGCCAGCCUACACUGACAACCAUAUAAUAGAAUGUAUGUAUUUUAUAGUAUACCAAUUAAUUUUUAUUUAAACCUAGAUAAUAAUAUGAUUAUUUAUUAUUAUAUCAACCAAAGUAGCUUCUCAGGUAUUAAACAUUUGAAUUAAAUGUAUUUAAAAACAAUUUCAGUUACUACAGAUUUCAAAAUAAAAGAAGAACCAACUGAAGAAACCACUUCUGAAAUAGGUAUGAUUGAACAUAUAAAAUAUUAAUAUUACAAUAUAUUAUGUAAUUUUUUUUUUUUUAACUUUAAAGAAAGUACUUUAGGUACACAACGAUUUCAAGAAAAUAAUGAUGUUGCAAAUCGAAUGGCUGAACUCGCUGCUAAAAAGAUAGAAAUAAAGUCUGCAUAUUAUUCUAAAAAGAUAAAACUAAUGGAAGAUAAAAAUGCUAUUUUAAGGAACAUAAAUGUAUUAUUGAUGUCAUAUAUCAAUAAAAAAGCUAGUCACUAGGUACUCAACUGUUGUUUUAACCAAAUAAGUUUUACUUAAAUUAUUAUAAAAAAUAUAUUUUUGGAUUUUUCAUAAGCAAUUAAUAAAAAAAAAAAUGCAAGUAAUUAAUAUCAACUCACUAGUAUUAGAAUAUAAUUCUUAAGUUAAUAAACUCUAAUGAUACAUUUUCAUAAUUAGUAUUUUUAUGUAGUAAAUAAAUUAUUAUUUUUUAAAUUAUCACUUUUCAAGAAUGGCAAAAUAACUCCAAUGGUGUAAUCAAUACUUCUCUAUUUAAAAGUAGAAUAACAAAUUAUGUCUUGACAUAUUACUUUCAUACGAUUUACACCAUUAAAAAUUGAUGUAUAUUCAAAUUGUAACC